AUGCUAAUGGUUUGCGCUAUCGAAUCGCUUCAGGUCUGGUUUCAGACGCCAUCCACGUUUCUGCGGCGGCUCUGCUCAUCGAGGCCGGAGCUCUGCUCGGACUGCCUCGAAGCAGCUAAAUGGCAGAAGCAGUUCUUGUUGGCGCUGGCGGACGCCAGGUCACUGUCCCCACCGGCCUUUUCAUCGACAACAGCUUUUCCCGCCACGCGCGGCGAGACGAUAGACUUGGAAAAUCCAGCCACCGGCAAGUUUCUCGCAAAGGUAGCCGCGGCCCAGGUCGAGGACGUAGAUCGUGCGGUGUCCUCUUCUGCGGAUGCCUUCAAGUCCACAUGGCGCUUCGUCACGCCUGACAAGUCGCGAUCGCUCCUCAACAAGCUGGCCGACCUCCUUGAGCGCGAUGCCGAGGACUUGGCGUCGAUCGAGGCACUUGAUGCCGGCAUGUUAUACCGUGGGUCACUGACCAUGAGUAUACCGCAAGCCGCCGAGACCUGCCGCUACUAUGCCGGGUGGGUUGGCAAGCGAAGGUCGAUCCAUGAGUAUUGCCGAGGUAUGGCAUAUACACGGCGGGAACCCAUUGGCGUCUGCGCUGCCAUUGUGCCCUGGAACGCUCCUCUCAUGAUCACAAUGUGGAAGCUGGCCCCGGCUAUAGCAGCGGGCAACACAGUCAUCGUCAAGACCCCCGAAAUCGCCCCCCUAUAUGCUCAGAAGCUCGCACAGCUCAUCAGAGAGGCGGGGUUUCCCCCGGGCGUCGUCAACAUAGUCUGCGGUCUUGGUCAAGUGGCCGGCCAAGCCCUGGCAGACCACAUGUUGGUGCGCAAAAUCUCCUUUACGGGAAGCACCGCGGUCGGCAGGAGGAUUUUGGAAAGCUCGGCGCGAACCAAUUUGAAGAAAGUCACCGUGGAGCUUGGGGGCAAAGGUCCUAGCAUUGUGUUUGCCGAUGCAUCCUGGGAAAACGCGCUGCUUCAUACAACGAUGGGCAUCACGGUCCACAACGGGCAAAUAUGCGCCGCUGGGAGCCGCAUUUACGUGCAAGACGAAAUCUAUGAUCGAUACGUCGCGGAAUUCUCGGCCCGCACCAAGGACUCGGUCGCUGGAGACCCCCUUGCUGGACAGCACCACCAAGGGUCCCUUGUGGCCAGCAUUGCCAGGUUCAAGACUGAGGAAGAAGUUGUUGGUCUGGCAAACGACACAAACUACGGGCUGUCUGCGGCGGUCUUCACAGAUGACAUCAACAAGGCAAUGCGCGUGAGCGACGCCAUCGAAUGCGGCCAGGAGAGUGGGUUCGGUCGGGACCUGGGCCAAGAGGCGCUGGAGGAAUGGACUCAAGUCAAGUGCGUCAAGUUCAGCAUUGUACAUAAGCUCUGA